GCAAUUCACUUUCCCUGAGCUAUCCUGUAUUCCAAUAGCAUUUUGUUGCCAGAGUGAGUGAGUGAGAAAGAGAGAGAGAGAGAGAGAAAGAGAGAGAGAGUGAAUGGCGGACAUACUUCUAUCUGCCCUGGUGAGCUCUAUGGUGCGUAACUUGAAUACUUCAGCACUUCAAGAAUUGGGAGUUGCUUUGGGCCUGAGAGCUGAGCUUGACAACCUUGAGAGCACACUUACCACCAUCCAAGCUGUUCUGCAAGAUGCAGAGGAGAAGCAGUGGAAGAGUGAGGCUAUCAGGAAUUGGCUGAGAAAGCUCAAAGAAGGAGCUUAUGAUGCAGAUGAUGCUCUGGACGAGUUUGCAACUGAAGCUCUAAUACAAAAGGCGGAGAAAGAGAAAGGUGUGACAAGCCAAGUAAGUAGCUUCUUUUCUCUUCAAAAUCGACUUAUAUUUCGCAUGAAGAUGGCACAUAAACUGAAGAAUGUGAGGGAUAGACUGGAAGCCAUUUCUAUGGAGAGAUCUAAGUUUCACUUGAGAGAGUUAGAUAUAAACAUGGAAGUCUUUGAUAUAGAAAGAAGACAAACUGGCUCACUUGUGAAUGAAAGUGAGAUUUAUGGAAGAGGUGAAGAGAAAGAAAAAAUCAUUCAAGUAUUGCUCACUCAUGUGUCUGAUCAAGAUAAUCUUGCCAUUUAUGCUGUAUGGGGCAUGGGGGGCUUGGGAAAAACAACACUUGCACAAUUGAUCUACAAUGAUGCAAGGGUACAGAGGCAUUAUGAUAUGAGAAUUUGGGUGUGUGUAUCAGAUGAUUUCCAUAUAAGAAAAUUGGUGAGAGCAAUCAUUGAGUCCAUUGAUGGUAGUGCAUGUAAUCUUUCAGAGUUGGACCCUUUACAGCAAUGCUUGCAGGAAAAAUUGCGUGGGAGGAAAUUUUUGCUUGUUUUGGACGAUGUUUGGAACGAAUACCAUGACAAAUGGAAUGGCUUAAAAGAUGCGUUGAGGUGUGGGUCAAAUGGAAGUAAGGUUAUAGUGACAACCCGGAAUGAGAAUGUAGCGCUUAUGAUGGCCACACUACCUAUACACCACAUAGGAUGUUUGUCAGAGAAUGAUUCUUGGUCCCUGUUUACAAGAUGUGCAUUUGGGAUGGGAAGGCUAAAGGAGAGAUCAGAAUUGGAAUCAAUUGGCAAGGAAAUAGUGAAGAAGUGUGGAGGGGUACCUCUAGCAAUAAAGACUCUUGGAAGCCUCAUGAGCUUAAAAAGUAGGGAAAGUGAGUGGUUAUCUGUGAAAGAGAGCCAAAUUUGGGAAUUACGAGAAGGUGAAAAUUCCAUCUUGCGUGCGUUGAGGUUGAGUUACCACAAUUUACCCCCACAUCUAAGGCAAUGUUUUGCUUUCUGCUGUAUAUUCCCCAAAGAUCAUGUGCUCAAAAUGGAUAAGUUGAUACAAUUGUGGAUGGCUAAUGGUUUUAUUCCCUUUAAAGAAUCAUUGGAGCCGCAUGAUGUUGGCAUUAUUAUCUUCAAUGAAUUAGUGUGGAGAUCUUUCUUUCAAGAUGUUGUGGAGUAUUCUCCUAGUGACAUAACAUGUAAAAUGCAUGAUCUUAUGCAUGACCUUGCUCGGUCUAUUAUGAGGCUUGAAUGUGUUGUGGUGGAAUCUGACAAAGAGGUCAAAGUUCCAAAAAUGAUUCGUCACUUGAAUUAUACUCAACGCACUUCUUGGGAUAUUGAAGUACGCAAAGUCCGAUCUCUACGCUCAUGCAUUGAGUCACCAAAUUAUUACAGUGAGCAUAAAUCUCCUCCAUCCUUCAUUUUGAAACAAAAGUAUCUUCGGGUGUGCGAAUCUCGUCAUCAACCACCAGAAAAGGCACUAAGAUCAAUCACUAGUUUAAAACACUAGAGGUAUCUCGACAUGUCUUAUUCCAAUUUCAAAGUUUUACCUGAAUCAAUAACUUGCCUCUUGAACCUGCAAACGCUGAAACUAGAUGAAUGUUGUUCUCUUCAUAAGUUGCCCAAUGGUACGAGGCACAUGAAAAACCUUAUCUAUCUUGGGCUUAGAUCUUGUUAUUCUCUUUCUUGUAUGCCUGAAGGGAUGGGACAACUAACGUGCCUCCAAUCAUUAAGCGUCUUCAUUGUUCGCAAGGAAAAUGGUUACCAAUUAAGUGAGCUGAAAGGACUACACCUUCGAAAUGAUUUGUCAAUAGAGGAACUUGAUAAUGUAAGAAAUUUUGAGGAGGCGAAAGAUGCAAAUUUGAUUGGGAAACAAAAUCUUCAUUCGCUAAGUCUGGUUUGGCAGAACAAAAAUCAGUGCCCUGUACCAGAACAGGUUGAAGAUGUUCUUGAUGGUCUCCAACAUCAUUCAAAUCUGAAAGAGUUGCGCAUGCGAAAGAUGGAUGCAAGAUUUACUCCUUCAUGAGAUUUCGCUAAGUGCAUGCGAAAGAUGUGAACAUCUGCCACCUCUUGGCAAACUACCAUUCCUCAAGGUUCUUCACAUAAGUGGCAUGGAUUCCGUGAAGUAUCUUGGCAAUGAGUUACAUGGAGAUAGUGCAAUUUCGUUCCCAUCAUUGGAGAGACUGAGUUUAAAUCGGAUGGCUAAUUUGGAGGAAUGGCGAACAAUGGAUGGAAGAGAAAAUUUUCCCCGCCUAAGCACAUUAAAUAUCGAUGAUUGCCCAAAGUUAGUUGAAUUGCCUAUUUUUCCUUCCAUUACAAGUUUGCGUAUCUAUAAUAGCAAUGCAAUGUUAAUUAAGUCAGUGAUGAAUCUCACUUCACUUUCUUCCCUUUAUAUUCAACAUAUGCAUGAAUCGACACUUCUUCCGGAUGGACUGUUUCAAAAUCUUACUGCAAUGAAACUCUUUACACUUGAAUAUUGUAAGGGACUCGAAAGUCUGCCAGAAGGACUCCAGUACCUACAUUCUUUACGGGAACUCGAUAUAUCGAGGUGUACAAAUAUUUUGUCCUUUCCGGUAAAUGGAUUGCGGGGCUUGUCUUCACUACAGAGGUUAUGGAUUCAGAACUGCGACAAAUUCUUCUCUUUAUCUGAAGGAAUUCAAUAUUUAACUAGCCUUGAGGACUUACUUAUUCACGGAUGUCCGGAGUUAGUUUCAUUGCCAGAGGGUAUUCAACAACUAACUACUCUCCGCUCUCUAAAAAUCUCACAUUGCAAAGGCUUAUCUUCUCUGCCGAAGCAGAUAGGAUGCCUCACGUCACUUUCAUCUUUGCGAAUUUCGAACUGCGAUAAUCUAAUGUCUUUACCGGACGAGUUGCAGAAUCUUACGGCACUCAAAACAUUGAGAAUUUCAAGUUGUCCACAUCUGCAGAGGCAGUGCAAGAAAGACAGCGGCGAGGAUUGGCAUAAGAUUGCUCGAAUCCCCAACAUUCAUAUCGUCAAUCGUCCACCAGCAAUCAAGGAAUGGUUGCAAGGCGCUUCAGAAACUGAAAUUUUGGUCCACAUAAAAGGCACUUAGCUCCUCCUCAUGGGCUGGGUUGAGAGCAAGAGAUGGGUGGACUUCUUCAACCCAAAUUCACAGUCUAUGGAAUGGGCUACAUUGUGGUCGAAGACGACUGAGAAUUUUUUAUUAUGUAAUAACACCAAUGUGACAAGAGAUACCCUACAGCGAAUCAACAUAGAAUAAGAUGUGAUGAUGGAUUAUUUAACGGCUUGCUUCUCUGGAAUAAGCCUGCACAUAUGACAAACUUGUGUAGGCAGGAACUAUUAAAUGAGCACGAAAUGGCUGAGAAUAUUGUGCAGUUUCGCAUACCUUUGCUCUCUCAAUUGGAUUUACAUUGGCAUUGGCGGAAAUUGCUAAUGAUCUGAGGCAGAGAAAAGAGUGUCUAUGUACAAAACCCUUGUAAACUAAAAAGAAACUGUAUUCUAAUUUUACUGAUUCCGUGUACAGUGUCAAAUCCUUUUUUUUUUUUUUAACCUUCUUUUCAAUUUUUCACCACAAUGAAGUAAGAUUGAUUUCUGGUCUUGGACGCUGGUGUUUAAAAUGUGAUCCCCAAUAAGAUCUGAUGUAACCUUUUUCCCAUUUGAGACUUGGAAAGAUUUUACAGAUUUUAAUUCGCAUGUGUCACUUUUCCUUCUUCAA